UGAGAUAAUGUGAGAUGCAAUACACUGGGUGAGCUGGCUGGAGAACCUAGGUGUUCAUGGAAUACUUUAUUGUGUAGUCACCAAUUACUUUGUCAACCAAUGAAUGGAGAAUGGAAUGCGUUUCAGCUAUUGUUUUAAAGCUUGUGUUUUUUUAAGACAGGAGUAAAGAUAAUUUAUGUUGUUUAGUUUUGAGAGGUUUGAAGUUUGCUGUGAAGGAUCUUGAGUGAAAUUGAAGGAUUUAUACAAAUUAACAAUAUGUUCACAUGGACUAUCUUAUCUGUGAUAUUUUGUAACUUGAUUGUUUGGGCUUUCUAACGCUUUAAUUAGGUCGGACAUGUUUAUACACACCAGCUGAUAGAAAUCUUGUUGUUUUAAGAUAAUUGUUGGAUUUAUUUUUCCUUGUCAACACCAAGACUUGACAGCCUUUGAACAGAAAUGCAUCCACCCCUCAUUAUUUGGUUGCUGAAAAUCUUCUUAGCAGAAGAACCAUUAAGACAAUAGUGCUCAUUCUACAAAAGCCAUUUGAACCUACAAGUAAAAUGGCAGAACCGGAAUUAAGUAGCCUGGAGUUUGAUGCACGUCUAAAACACCCCGACAUGACAUCGGAGGCGUAUACAGUGCUCAUGUUGAAUAUGACCACUACGCUGUCACCUGGGAAACUGUGGAAUAUCACGUCAUGUGAUGUCAUUAACACUAACUAUGAUAUCCCCACAUCAGUGACCUGUGCUAUUUGUUUCCUGUUUGGGAUUUUAUACACUUUUUUCGGGUACCGCUGUUUCAAGAUGGUGAUGUUCCUGACUGGUUUCCUGUUCGGUGCCAUUCUAGUCUAUCUGAUCUGUAUGGAGGAGCGCACGUUCACGCCUCUCAUCAACGCGGGCAUUGCGCUCGGUGCGGGCAUUCUUUGUGGCCUACUGACCAUGCUCGUGCAAUACGUGGGUCUGUUCAUCACCGGGUUCAAUCUCGGGGUCUCCGUUGCCGUCUGUGUUCUCAUUCUACUGGAACAGUUUAUUCAUCCGCAGACUUUGUGGAUACCCAUUGGAGUUCUAGUGGGUACGGGAAUCAUUUUCGCUCUGGUCACUUUACGAUUCCAAAAAGCGGGAACAAUUCUGGGUAGCAGUGUGUUCGGUGGUAUACUCAUGAUCUCGUGUAUUGACUACUUCAUCGAGCAGUUCAUGCUGAUGUUCUACCUGAAGGACCGUUGUAAGGCGGAGUUGUCUCCCCCGCUGUGCUGGUACACGUGGGUCAUACUCGGCUGCUGGCCGUUCUGCUCCUUUGUUGGGGCCGUCACUCAGUGGAAGAUUACUGGCAAAGGAUUCAAUCAUAGAAAUGUGAUGCAGAACCGGCGUUGCCGUGAGUUCCGGUUGAAGCGAGCAGCACGGACUAAGGAGAAGCCCCGGGAAAAUCCGCACCAGUCUCGCUACAGACACCUUUACAAGGUGCGCAGGGUGAACGGGGACGUCCUCUCACAGAACUAUUUCCAGACAGUGCAGUCUAAAUUGUCUCCAUCUUUGCGUCGCAUGACCCCUGUUCCAACUGACGCAGCGUUGGAGCCCGAGAGUACCAACACAACCUUGACCCAGAUUCCAGAAGUCUGAACCGGAUUGACAUACGUUUAUUUGUGCUGACCAAUUUUAAUAUAGGUUUUAACUCUGGAUGGAUGCAAUAUGCUGAAAGUUACGCCGGCAGUGAUCCUGGUUAUAGUCGGAAUGUGGGUCACACUUCCUAUACCUGACCUUGACCUCGUGAAUGACCUUCAGCAGUUUGUACUUUUUGGUAUUCAUUGUGGAGGUGAUGUGGUAGACUGUAUUGCAUACAAAUGGUGUGCUUUCGUGCAUUAAGUUACACAUAUAAUUCUGUAAAUCAGCUUUUCUCACAUUAAGUUGGUGUUUUAUCAAUGUUUAAUAUGAUUUAUAAAUAAUGAUGAAUAUUGCCAUUCAAAUGCUAAAUAAAAAGUUUCAUUCAAAUGUUUUUCACACUAAGUCUUGUCUGGUAGACAUCUUCACGAACAAAAAAUACAAUUGUGUUAUUUAUUGUUUCUAAUUUGUUUUUCAGUUAGAUUGUUCUGUUUAAAGAGCAUUUAUUAGUUUAUUUGAGUGUAUAUGUUACCACACAUCUGAAGAUGUUAACUAUAUGUUUGAUUAAAUUAAAGACAGCUUUCUAAGCUGAAAAAAAAAAUUCCCAAGGGUAAAGAGACUCUUAUAUUUUAAACUAUGUGCAAAUACUCUUUAUAAAUUAAUUUCGUUUUUGUGUUUAAUUAUAAAGAGUUACAAAUGAAUAAUGUUUUAAUCAGCUUCUUAAUUACUUACUCUUGAUACUACUUUUUGUACAUUUUUAUGAGUGUUCUGAAAUUACCAUACAGAUAAUGGUGCAAACUUAUGCAAAGAAUAACAAACUAAUUAAGAAGAAUAAGGUACUGUAAAAUCGUUUACUGGUAUUUUCGUUGGCAUGAAAUUUUGUGGUUUUUCAAAAUAUGACUCUUUUGUUGACACUUAAAUAAAUUCUUGGAUUUCUGAUUUUGAAAAAAAGAGGAAUAUGUGUCAUCAUUUAGAUGUGUUGUGUAAAAUUGGUGGAAAUACAAUGAAAUCAACAAAACAUUAAUUUCCAACAAAUAAUAAUGAACUAACAGUAUGUUAAGAAGCAUAGUGUUUGAAGGAAAUAGAGAGUUAAUUACAUUAGCUUGACCAGUUUAGGGAUCUUUCUCAUGAUCUAAAUGUAUUUUUUUUUAACAUAAUUCAUGAUAGAUUGUUCAAGAUUAAUUUUCUUCCCCAGCAUUGACUGGGUAUGUGCUAUGUUGCUGUUAUUGUGUUUAACACAGGUAGAAACAAAACAAAUUAAAUUGUGUACACUGUACCGAUUUGCAUAUUGUUAUGUUCUUAUGAAGCUGUGUUGUUUGUUUUCUUUAUUUAUUUAUUGCCGUGUCAUUACGAUUUCAAUCUAUGUUUCAAUUUUGUAAAUUUUCGUAAAGUUUAAACAAACACAGUAGUUGGCUGCUGAAAAUGUUGACCAUGAUUUUUUCUGCGUUCUCUUUGCUGCUUAAGUUGGGAUUACUUAAAGUAAGAUCUGUUAUGCUGCUUUUCAAGCACUUUUGCUCCAAAUUCACUGAAAUGAAUGUUAAAUAUAUCUGCAGGUUCAUUUUGUAUGGGAAGAGAAUUCAUUUACCUCUUUAUUGAUUUUAUUGCAUACAAAGUUUGUAUUUUUUCAACUUGAUACCACAAGUUUUGUAGUCAUUGAUAUGCACUCAAUUCUAGAGAUUACGAAAUCAUGUAAUAUGAUGAGCCUCAUUUUGGGAAAGCUGGGUCUAAUGCAUUUGUGUAAAAAAAUGUCCCCAUAUUAGCCUGUGAAGUCUGCACAAACUAAUCAGGCACACAAAUUUCCACCAUGACUUGAUUUUUGUUUAGAUGUGACUUCUUUUUAAAAAAACACCAUCAAAUGUGGGACGACACGCAAAUGAAUUAGGCCCUGUUUUCCCAGAACUUGGCUCGUAUAUUUGUUGCCAUUACUUGUUUUGUCCACCUUGUUGCUUAUUAUCUUUGUUUAUGAAAUGUUCAAGUGGAACUGAGAGGUAAAAAAUAAUGAAAAUA